UAGACUAAAGAUAACUACAACGAAUGGUCUUUGUUCUCCAAAAGAAUAAUACAAAAAUAUAAAAUGAAGUUUAAUUAAUUUUGUAUAGUAAAAACUUUAAAUAUAUUAAGAUGGGAAACUCUACGCCGCUGUGUUUUAAGCUAAUCCUUUUUAUCCUUUGUGAUGUUAUAUUUUUCGUUAAUUCGCUUCCGGAUGUGAUAAAAAUUGGUGGACUAUUUCAUCCUUCAGAUGAUAAUCAGGAGCUAGCUUUUAAACAAGCUGUAGAACACAUCAAUGCUGAUCGUUUGAUACUUCCGCGUUCGAAACUUGUAGCACAAAUCGAAAGGAUAUCACCGUUCGACAGUUUCCAUGCAUCGAAAAGAGUAUGUAGUCUUUUAAAUAUUGGAGUUGCAGCUAUUUUUGGACCACAAUCAGCUCACACAGCUGGUCAUGUUCAAAGUAUAUGUGACACAAUGGAGGUUCCUCAUUUGGAAAACCGAUGGGACUAUCGACUGAGAAGAGAGAGUUGUCUUGUCAACCUAUAUCCCCACCCAAACACUUUGUCAAAAGCAUAUGUUGACAUAGUCAAGACAUGGGGUUGGAAAACAUUUACAAUUAUCUAUGAAAACAACGAUGGUCUUGUGAGGCUUCAAGAACUUCUUAAAGCACACGGACCUUCUUCAUUCCCUAUAACAGUAAGGCAAUUGAGUGAUACGGGAGAUUAUAGACCUUUGCUGAAACAAAUCAAAAACUCAGCAGAAGCACAUAUCGUUCUUGAUUGUUCAACUGAUAAAAUCUAUGAAGUUCUAAAACAAGCUCAACAAAUUGGAAUGAUGAGCGAUUAUCAUAGUUAUUUAGUUACAUCCUUGGACUUGCAUACUGUUAAUUUAGAUGAAUUUAAAUAUGGUGGAACAAACAUAACUGGAUUUCGUUUGAUAAACGAAAAAGUUGUCGAAGAUGUUGUUCGACAAUGGUCAAUCGACGAGAAAGGAAUUACAAAACCAGCUAAUAUUACAACAAUUAAGGCUGAAACAGCUCUAAUGUACGAUGCUGUGCACUUAUUUUCAAAAGCCCUACACGAUUUGGAUACAAGCCAACAAAUUGACAUCCAACCAAUAUCAUGUGACGGACAAAAUACAUGGCAGCACGGAUUUAGUUUAAUAAAUUAUAUGAAGAUUGUUGAGAUGAAAGGUCUCACCAAUGUUAUCAAAUUCGAUCAUCAAGGUUUUCGCACAGAUUUUAUAUUGGACGUCGUUGAUUUAGGUUCAACGGGUAUUCGAAAAAUUGGUACAUGGAAUUCAACACUUUCGAAUGGAAUAAAUUUUACCAGAACAUUUAGCGAACAACAAAUGGAAAUCGAAGCUAAUCUCAAGAAUAAAACCUUGGUCAUAACAACAAUUUUGAGUGACCCUUAUUGCAUGAGAAAAGAAUCGGCGGCUACACUUACAGGCAAUGAUCAAUUUGAAGGAUAUGCAGUGGAUCUUGUCUAUGAAAUAUCUAAGGCAUUGGGUUUUAGUUAUAAGAUUCAACUGGUACCAGAUCACGCCUAUGGUAGUUUAAAUAAGAAGACCGGUGAAUGGAAUGGUAUGAUCCGAGAGCUCCUGGAGCAACGUGCAGAUCUGGCAAUAGCUGAUCUUACAAUAACUUUUGAAAGAGAGAAUGCUGUCGACUUCACGAUGCCUUUCAUGAACCUCGGGGUAUCUGUUCUAUACCGGAAACCUGUAAAACAGCCACCGAACCUCUUUUCAUUUUUAUCACCGUUAUCACUGGAUGUCUGGAUUUACAUGGCUACCGCAUAUUUGGGUGUUUCGGUCUUGCUGUUCAUUUUAGCUAGAUUUACUCCCUAUGAAUGGCCAGCCUAUACAGGUCAUGGAGAGAAAGAAGAAAGCCAAUUCACUUUGAUGAAUUGCAUGUGGUUUGCCAUAGGAUCGCUCAUGCAACAGGGAUGUGAUUUCCUACCCAAAGCACUUUCAACACGAAUGGUUGCAGGAAUGUGGUGGUUCUUCACUUUAAUUAUGAUUUCUUCGUACACUGCCAAUUUGGCGGCGUUUCUAACAGUUGAACGAAUGGAUUCGCCAAUUGAGAGUGCUGAGGAUCUAGCAAAACAGACUAGAAUAAAAUACGGUGCACUUAAAGGUGGAAGUACAGCUGCUUUUUUCAGGGAAUCAAAAAUUUCAACAUAUCAACGUAUGUGGGGCUUUAUGGAGUCAGCACGGCCUUCGGUAUUUUCAUCGAGUAAUGGAGAAGGUGUUGAUCGAGUAAUCAAAGGAAAAGGAAGUUAUGCAUUUCUAAUGGAAUCAACGUCCAUAGAAUAUGUUACGGAGCGUAAUUGUGACCUAACACAAGUUGGAGGAAUGUUAGACACGAAGGGCUAUGGAAUUGCUACACCACCUAAUUCACCAUAUCGAACUGCUGUCAAUGGUGUUAUACUAAAACUUCAGGAAGAAGGAAAAUUACAUAUACUCAAAACAAAAUGGUGGAAGGAGAAACGUGGUGGCGGAAGUUGUAGAGUUGAAACUUCCAAAUCGACGUCUGCUGCCAACGAGCUAGGUUUGGCAAAUGUUGGAGGAGUUUUCGUUGUUUUGAUGGGCGGAAUGGGUGUAGCGUGUGUAAUAGCUGUUUGUGAGUUCGUUUGGAAAUCACGAAAAGUUGCUGUUGAAGAGCGAUUAAGUGCAAUACUUCACGAAUAGAAGUAAAUUCCUUGGAAUUAAAAAUUCCAAGGUAAUAAUUUAAAACAAAAUGAAAACAUCGAUGAAAUUAUUUAUAAUUUUUCUAAUAAAUAAUUACGACCACAAACCGAAUUCAGAUGCUCAAAAUGUCUUAUAUCUUAACUCUUUCAAUCGUUAAACGAAAACAAAAAUCGUAUAAAAAUUGAAGUUAUAAUAUUUUCAAAAAGUAUUCAGUAGGUAUUAAAAAAAAUAAAAAUAUAUGUUUAUGUAUGUGUCGUAGGCCUAAAUACCAACAAAAGAAAUGUAACCUUUGUACCAUUUUAGUAAAUUAUAUACUUAAGACUAUAUUAAUUGUAAGUUAAAAAAAAAAUAAGUGAAUAAUAGUAACAAAACAAUAAAAUCAAUGAUAGGUAUUUAUGUAAUUGCAAUUUAUAUUAUAGAUCAUCUAAAAAUAGAGAAUUUUUUAAGUUUAUGUUUUGCAUUUAACAACAUUCAAGGGUUUAUAUAUGUACUGCAAAUAAGUAGAUGUAAAAAUUACUUAUGUGUAGCAUUUU